UAACAAUCUUUGUUAACACGACUAGUGUGUGUGGGGCACCAUGAUGCAUGGAAUGGACCAUGAAGAGGUGGACAUUGACCUGGGGGAUAUGGACGAGCCACAGCAGACACAACCACAGCAGCUGCAGCAGCUGAGCUGGAAGAUGCCUCUGGAGACAGUCCUGGAGGAGGAAGAGGACGAGGAGGAAGAUGAAAUCUCCACCCAGAGUGACACCAGGCCCCUGAUCAAUGAGAGGGACCCACGGCAGAUGAAUGAGUGCCUAAAGGUAACCUUCGAAGACGUGAUCGCCGAACCUGAAUCUGUUCGUAGCGGAGACCGUAUUUGGAUCUGUAGCAAUGCCUUGUUCGAGGUGUCCAGAGUGUGGUUUUACCGGAUCGUAACUGUGUUGCUGGCUGUGCCAGUCUCACUCAUCGCCGGUAUGCUGUUCGGAGUCCUCAGCUGCUUCCACAUCUGGCUUCUGACUCCAUGCGUGAAGAUAACCCUUCUGAACACAGGCUGGCUGCAGACACUGUGGAGCAGCAUGCUGGACACCUUCGUCCUCCCGUUCUUCCAGAGCGCUGCUGGGUGCUUCAACAGCAUAAGUGUCCGCCAGGGGCAGCAGUGACAUGGUGGACUAUGGACUAUGGAGUCCACCAUUCAGAGACGAAUGUGUGUUUGCAUUUUCCAAUCGAGAGAGACAUAUGGUGGGAAUACACCUACCAGUGAGAAGACAUGUCGUUUCCUAUUUUCACCUUAGAGGUGGAAAGGAAGUUGAUGAAUGGACAUUCAAUAUUUUUUUUUAAAGACGCUGGGAAGGAAGACAUGCAAAUUUAUAUUUGUAAUCUGUCUGUGAACGAGAUUUUGCACCCACUCUCCCCAUGCUCUGCUUGUGGAUGUGGGACUUGAAUAAUGACUAUGGCAUUAUGGGAUGUGUUGACUGUGUGGGACUGAAUAAUGACUAUGGCGUUAUGGGAUGUGUUGACUGUGUGCCUAAAGCUUAAUCUUUUCUGACUGGUGGCUGUGCUGAUUGGCAUUUCUUUUUAAUUCCCUUUUACCACUGGCUUCUUUUAUUUACAUUUUCCUAUUGGUUCAUUCAGACAGGCAAUGUUGUCUUAUUACAGGGCGUCCAAUUUUGUUUCAAGCCUCCUUUCUUAUGGGUUAUGUUAGAUAUCAGAAAAGGUAAAGCCAGCUACCUGAAUAAAAGCUAACUCCAAAAUGUCCA